GACCUCCGCCUGCCACAUCACUGCACCUUCUGCAUCCACAAACAUGUAUCCGCCACCCAUGAUCCACCACCAACAAGUACAAGCACGACCACCACACUUGGCAAUUCAGCCACCGCUUCACAAAGUCGAAUGCAACCAAGAUGGACACCAACACACUAGCACAUUAAACAUCCACGAAACUGCAUUGAAUUCCCCUUCCCUCGACACGAGACAAGAUUCCCCUGCUGUACAACACCCACCCAACAAGUUACAGGGUCGUCGACACCUUUGGCACACCAAAAACACUGCGAAGGCUGAGGCUACAAACCCUGCUCCGACCUCCACGACAACGCUGGCCAGGUAUCGGCGGCUCAUUGGCAUGUUUGCGCGAAGGCAGGCGAUGCAAUACCUCGUUCUGACCGCGUCAAUCGUGGCCACCAAGCGCCAUCGAGCGGGUCGAGCCAUCCAACGGACCUGGAGGCGCCACGUCAUGUAUCGGAGGCGCAUUUGUGCGGCCACCUCGGUGCAGCGAAUGUGGAGGGGGCAUGCUGGUCGAUGUGUCGUCAAACGCUUGACUAGCCGGCUAGCCAACCAACGUUGUGCUGCGCAUCACAUUGGUAUGGCCGCACGGCGGUGGCGACGGAGGGUCGUCAGUCGGGCAUGGCGGCGGAAGCUCUUGAUCACACGGUCGCAUGCAUGCCUUGUGAUUCAACGGGCUUAUCUUCGCUUUACCCAUCGACAACACCAGCGACAAGAUCAGCGGCAUCGUGCUGUCGUUGCCAUCCAAACGGUGUGGAGACGAAGGCGCCAAGCAGCCAGCCGAAUUCAAUCGUGGGUGCGAUGCCAACGCCGAAGGCUCAGGAGUGCGCAGUGGGUGUGCUGCGUGACCAAAUGUCAGGCGGCAUAUCGCAUGCAUGUGGCCUCGACAGCGUUUCAAGCGUUGCGGCACCACACGAUUCAACUCCAGCGCCGACGACGUGCCUUGAUGAUUUCCACACCAAGCCCUUCCGAGAGCAUCAUCAACACAGGGCGACACGACGUCGUAAAAGACGGGCUGAAUGGUGACCAACCCGAGGAUGCGGUAGUGGCACAUGUUGACCCUUCAAUUGCUGCGAAUCCAUCAGUGGGGCGCAUCACCCUUCCCGACUCGACGACGGAUCUGACCCGUCCAAUGGUGCGCCACUCCACCGCCAGACCGACUCUUGCUAUUGAUAUCGUCGAAGCAUGUCCCACAAAGGUCGAAGAGGACGCCGAACUGGUCGCCACUCCGAAUGAAAUGCCCCUGACGGUGCGACUUAAAAUAAACUCAAACAUCCUCGAAGCAUGUGCCGACGCUGAUGCUACGUCGUCCGAUGACACGAGUUGGCACUUACAAGUCGAUAAGGCGACCACCCCACCCACCUUGCACGCCGUUUCGGCAUCUACCACUGACCAAGACAUCUACCCUCGGGCACUCUUAAGUGCUCCUUCAUUUGCCCCAGUAGCAAUUGCCCCCCCUCCAUGCACAAACUCCAUCGAAUCCACCCCAUCACAUGACAUAUACGACACAUCCUUGGCAACCGAUGCCAAGUCUCCAUGUUUCCAUCCGUCGCUCACGAUCUUUGUGACCCACCACUGGCGACCUCGCCAUGUUUACCGCCGUCGCAGUCUCCUAACCCUACAGAAGUGGAUGCGUGGCUACCUCGCGCGGCAAGAGGUGCGGCGUCGGCGUCGGCAAGCCCUCGACACCCUCCGCCAGUGGAUGACCACGACUUGUAGCUCGGCCUCAACUCCUCUAGCCAAAGACGUCGACACUCCCAGUGCCUAUGUGGACCCAGGGAUAUUCCCCGUGCAUGGAGCUGUACCUGCAGGCUGCCACGUCAUUAAGUCCGUGUAUGUAUGGACAUGGGACGCGUCGGUAGAGCGAUGGACUUAACGUUGAUUUUAGGACAGGUUGACGUUACGGUACAGUGUACCACAGUAAGUUAGUCUC